GAUGGCUGCCCAAGUGACACUAGAGGAUGCUCUGUCCAACGUGGACCUCCUGGAGGAGCUGCCUCUGCCUGACCAGCAGCCCUGCAUUGAGCCUCCGCCAUCCUCACUGCUCUAUCAGCCAAAUUUCAACACCAACUUUGAGGACAGAAAUGCAUUUGUCACCGGCAUUGCAAGAUACAUCGAGCAAGCAACUGUUCACUCUAGCAUGAACGAGAUGCUAGACGAAGGCCAAGAAUACGCUGUUAUGCUGUAUACCUGGAGGAGCUGCUCCCGAGCCAUCCCGCAGGUGAAGUGCAACGAGCAGCCUAAUAGAGUUGAAAUUUAUGAGAAAACGGUGGAAGUUCUUGAACCCGAGGUCACAAAGCUGAUGAAUUUUAUGUACUUCCAGAGAAACGCCAUUGAGCGUUUCUGUGGGGAAGUGAGACGCUUGUGCCACGCUGAAAGGAGAAAGGACUUUGUGUCCGAAGCCUACCUGAUCACCCUGGGCAAAUUCGUCAACAUGUUUGCUGUGCUGGACGAGCUGAAGAACAUGAAGUGCAGCGUGAAGAAUGACCACUCAGCGUACAAGAGGGCUGCUCAGUUUUUACGGAAAAUGGCAGAUCCACAGUCCAUCCAAGAGUCACAGAAUUUGUCCAUGUUCCUGGCCAACCACAACAAGAUCACACAAUCUCUGCAGCAGCAGCUUGAGGUCAUUUCUGGCUACGAAGAGCUCCUGGCAGACAUCGUGAAUCUGUGUGUGGAUUACUAUGAGAACAGAAUGUACUUGACGCCCAGCGAAAAACACAUGCUUCUCAAAGUCAUGGGAUUUGGUCUGUACUUGAUGGACGGGAGCGUCAGUAACAUCUACAAACUAGAUGCCAAGAAAAGAAUAAAUUUAUCCAAAAUAGACAAAUAUUUCAAGCAGCUGCAGGUGGUCCCACUCUUUGGAGAUAUGCAAAUAGAACUGGCAAGAUACAUCAAGACCAGCGCUCACUAUGAGGAGAACAAGUCCCGGUGGACCUGCACGUCCUCAAGCAGCAGCCCACAGUACAACAUCUGUGAGCAGAUGAUCCAGGUCCGUGAAGACCACAUGCGCUUCAUCUCUGAGCUGGCACGCUACAGCAACAGUGAGGUUGUCACAGGUUCUGGCCGGCAGGAAGCCCAGAAGACAGAUGCUGAGUACCGGAAGCUCUUUGACCUGGCUCUGCAGGGCCUGCAGCUUCUGUCGCAGUGGAGUGCUCAUGUCAUGGAAGUGUAUUCCUGGAAACUCGUCCAUCCAACUGACAAGUACUCCAACAAGGACUGCCCCGACAAUGCUGAGGAGUAUGAACGUGCCACACGUUACAACUACACCACCGAGGAGAAGUUCGCCCUGGUGGAGGUGAUCGCCAUGAUCAAAGGCCUGCAGGUGCUCAUGGGCCGGAUGGAGAGUGUGUUCAAUCACGCCAUCAGGCACACUGUUUAUGCUGCACUUCAAGACUUCUCCCAGGUGACUCUCAGGGAACCGCUGCGACAGGCCAUCAAGAAGAAGAAGAACGUCAUCCAGAGUGUCCUACAGGCCAUCAGGAAGACUGUAUGUGACUGGGAGACCGGGCACGAACCCUUCAAUGACCCAGCUCUACGGGGCGAAAAGGACCCUAAGAGUGGCUUUGACAUCAAGGUGCCACGCCGUGCCGUGGGACCCUCCAGCACACAGCUCUACCUGGUGCGCACUAUGGCUGAGUCCUUGAACUCUGCCGAGCUGCAGAGGCAGCUCAAGUCUCUGGGCAUGGAAAGGCUCUUGCAUGUGGUAAACGCGUUUCUGAGGCAGUCGUACAACUAUCCACCUCUUUUAACCUUUGGUGAAACACUGCAGCAGUGCUGUGACCUUUCACAGCUGUGGUUCCGAGAGUUCUUCCUGGAGCUGACCAUGGGCAGGAGGAUCCAGUUCCCCAUUGAGAUGUCUAUGCCCUGGAUUCUGACUGACCAUAUCCUGGAGACCAAGGAGGCAUCAAUGAUGGAGUAUGUCCUCUACUCCCUGGACCUGUACAAUGACAGUGCUCACUACGCGCUCACCAGGUUCAACAAGCAGUUUCUCUAUGAUGAAAUCGAGGCGGAGGUAAACCUAUGUUUUGACCAAUUCGUUUAUAAACUGGCAGACCAGAUAUUUGCAUAUUACAAGGUUAUGGCAGGAAGUUUGCUUCUUGACAAAAGGUUACGAUCGGAAUGCAAAAAUCAGGGAGCCACUAUCCACCUCCCGCCGUCUAACCGCUAUGAGACGUUGUUGAAGCAGAGGCACGUGCAGCUGCUUGGGAGAUCCAUUGACCUCAAUCGCCUGAUUACACAGCGUGUUUCAGCAGCCAUGUACAAAUCUCUAGAACUGGCAAUUGGACGAUUUGAAAGUGAAGAUCUGACAUCAGUAGUCGAACUGGAUGGGCUCUUAGAAAUCAACCGUAUGACACACAAGCUGCUCAGCAGGUACCUCACACUAGACAGCUUUGAUGCCAUGUUCCGGGAAGCCAACCACAAUGUGUCUGCACCUUAUGGAAGAAUUACCCUCCAUGUCUUCUGGGAGCUAAACUAUGACUUCUUGCCCAACUACUGCUAUAAUGGCUCCACCAACCGGUUUGUUCGGACAGUAUUACCAUUCUCUCAGGAAUUUCAAAGAGACAAACAGCCUAAUGCACAACCCCAGUAUUUGCAUGGAUCCAAGGCUUUGAACCUAGCCUACUCCAGCAUUUAUGGCAGCUACCGGAACUUCGUGGGGCCUCCUCACUUCCAAGUCAUCUGCCGGCUGCUUGGCUACCAGGGCAUUGCAGUGGUCAUGGAAGAGCUGCUGAAGGUUGUCAAGAGCCUGCUGCAAGGCACAAUUCUGCAGUAUGUGAAAACUCUGAUGGAAGUGAUGCCUAAGAUCUGCCGCCUUCCUCGACAUGAGUAUGGCUCUCCUGGCAUCCUCGAGUUCUUCCACCACCAGCUGAAGGACAUUGUGGAGUAUGCAGAGCUGAAAACAGUAUGCUUCCAGAACCUUCGGGAAGUGGGAAAUGCAGUCCUCUUCUGUCUGCUAAUUGAGCAAAGCCUGUCUUUAGAAGAAGUCUGUGACCUGUUGCACGCAGCCCCUUUCCAGAACAUCUUGCCUCGUGUCCAUGUAAAAGAGGGGGAGAGAGUUGAAGCCAAAAUGAAAAGACUAGAAUCCAAGUAUGCCCCACUGCAUCUUGUCCCACUGAUUGAAAGGCUGGGGACCCCACAGCAAAUUGCAAUCGCAAGAGAGGGGGACUUGCUGACCAAGGAGCGGCUCUGUUGUGGUCUGUCCAUGUUUGAAGUCAUCCUGACACGGAUCCGGACCUUUCUGGAUGAUCCCAUCUGGCGCGGGCCUCUGCCCAGCAAUGGGGUUAUGCAUGUGGAUGAGUGUGUGGAGUUUCACAGACUGUGGAGUGCCAUGCAGUUUGUUUACUGCAUUCCUGUAGGGACACACGAGUUUACAGUGGAGCAGUGUUUUGGAGACGGGCUCCACUGGGCUGGCUGCAUGAUCAUUGUACUUCUUGGACAGCAACGGCGUUUUGCUGUGUUGGAUUUCUGCUACCAUCUCCUCAAAGUUCAGAAACAUGAUGGCAAAGAUGAGAUUAUCAAAAAUGUGCCAUUGAAGAAGAUGGUGGAGAGGAUUCGCAAGUUCCAGAUUCUCAAUGAUGAGAUCAUCACUAUCCUGGACAAGUACUUGAAAUCUGGCGAUGGGGAAAGUACACCUGUGGAACAUGUACGCUGCUUCCAGCCACCCAUCCACCAGUCCCUAGCCAGCAGCUGAGGGCUGAGCUCACAGCAUCCAGUAACUGAUGCAUGUUUGUCUUUAUGUAAACUAUAUUCAAAUUUUUAGGGUCUAUUUUCCAUUAUGUCUGAACCUACUUAAAGGGGGUGGUUUUUGAUCUGAAAGCUUAACUUUAUAAAACUUACUUAUUUUUCUAUACUAAAACUGUAUAUGCCUUUGGAAUUGGAAAGUCUGAGAAUACUGGUUACUACUUACUGCC